UCUCUCCACUGAUCCCUUUCCUCUCCCAGUCUUUCUUUCAUUACCCUUUCUCACUACUUCUUUUCUCGCCCCUUCCGCAGCUAGCUAAAUCUAGUUGGCAGUUCUUUCUAGUAUUGUUAUUGUAUUUUAAUAUGAAUCCAAGGGGCGGCCGCGGUGGAGGCUGCAGCGCCGGCAGCAGCUCGGCGUCAAUCGCCGCCGCGGGAGGCGGAGGAGGAGGGCUUCCUCGGCCAAUGGAGGGGCUCCACGACGCGGGUCCGCCGCCGUUCCUGACCAAGACUUACGAGAUAGUGGAGGAUUCCAGCACGAACCACAUAGUCUCAUGGAGCAGAGGCAACAACAGCUUUGUGGUCUGGGAUCCGCAGGCUUUCUCCCUCACCCUCCUCCCCAAGUUCUUCAAGCACAACAAUUUCUCCAGCUUCGUCCGCCAGCUCAACACCUAUGGAUUUAGAAAAGUGGAUCCAGACCGAUGGGAAUUCGCCAACGAAGGGUUUCUGAGAGGCCAGAAGCACCUCCUCAAGCACAUCAGGAGAAGAAAAGGUCCUCCUCCCCCUCAACAUCCGCAGCUGAUGACGACAGUGGCGGCGGACCCAUCUUGCGUCGAGGUCGGGCGGUUCGGUCUGGACGGCGAGCUGGACCGGCUGCGGCGAGACAAGCAGGUUCUGAUGGCGGAGCUGGUGAAGCUGAGGCAGCAGCAGACCACGACGAGGGCGUGCCUCCAGCUCAUGGAGCAGAGGCUGGGCCGGACCGAGUCGAAGCAGCAGCAGAUGAUGGCGUUCCUGGCGAAAGCGAUGCAGAACCCGGACUUCGUGCAGCAGCUGGUGCGGCAGAAGGACGUGAUGAGGGAGCUGGAGGAGGUUAUCAGCAAGAAGAGGCCGCGGCGGAGGCGGCGGGUCAUUGAGCAAGCCGGGCUGGGUGACGUGGAGGAUGUUGGAGGUGGGUUUGUGAAGGUUGAGGCUAGGGAGUUUGGUGGGUUGGGGGAGAUUUCUGAGCUAGAUUCGUUGGCUUUGGAUAUACAAGGGCUGAGCGGUGGAGGUGGAAGAGGGAGGGAGAGGGUGGAGGGAGAUGGUAAUGAAGGGAUUAACGUUGAUGGUGAUGAGGAAGAAGAGGGGUUUUGGGAGGAUUUGUUGAAUGGUGAAAUUGGGGAAGAGAUGGGUUUGAUGCUAGGUGAUGGUAAUGAAGAUGAUGAUGAUGAGGAGAAUGUAGAUGUGCUUGUGGAGCAAUUGGGUUUUUUGGUUUCUAAUUGAUCGAUUUAAUCAAUCACGAUUUGUUUUGUUUUUAUUUCGCGUAGUUUAAGAGAACGGGAUGAAGUACUAUUGGACUUAUUUGUAGGUAUGUGAUUACCUAACCUAUGAAUGGUAUGAAUGUUUCGAACUGAAUCGAAUUGAAUUUGAUGAUGAUGAUUUCUUGAGAGAAGUGAGUUCAUUUGAUUGACCUACGUACCUUCACAUAUGGAUGCCCUUAACAUGUCUAACUCCUUGUGUAACUUGAACCCCUGGAGGUUGUUGGCAUUGAAUGCAAGAGCAAAUGUAGGUGAUAAAGUGAACAAAGUUUGAUUUCAACUCGAAUUUGUCAUGAUUUACAGGAAUGGUUACACCCAAAAACAGCAACUAGAGAACUCUAGAAUCUAGACCCAUCUUUCCUAUCUAUAUGUUGCUCGAAGUUUGCACUAGCUAGAUUUGUUCCUUUCAUUUUCAUUAACUGCUUGUCCAUUUCCCAUGUAACGCAUGGUCGGAAUUGCUCGAUAAAUAUGUGGCCAGUAAUUAUUUUUCUGCUCCUGCAAGCUUUGCUGCAACUUGCGGCCACAAUCUAGCUAGUGGCUUGGUCGGUUAUAUAUAGUUUAUCUCAACCGGCCUGGUUUCUGCUCAUAUCGAUCUGUACGUUUGAGCCAACUUGCAGCUAGCUAGCUAGCUAGCUCUGCUGCCCUCUUGGUACAAAUUUCAUAUAUAAAUAGCAUAUGCUACAAAGGUUCACACCUUGAACGGGCAUGCAGCAGACAGCGGCAAGCAGUAGCCGCCCACCUUAAAUAUGCCCAUUUUAUUAGCUAGUUGAUCAUAUGACAUGCCUCUCAAGUAAACUUUCUGAAAGUUGUAACGACGCUUCUGAGUUCAAUUUACACAAUUUAAGAUUAUUUUGGAAAAAACAUUUCUAAAUAGUCACGACGACAAAACUAUAAAUUUGAGUCGUAUGCUUCAAUAAUUUUUUUUAAUGAUUAUAUGCCCUCGUAACGUCAAAUUUAUGAAUGUGACUACCUAUUUAAAAAAAAAUGAGUGGACAUUUCCUUUAUGUUUCCUUCUACUUGGUUCUAGACAUCAAAGCAAGCUAAUGUCUGACUUUUCUCUUCUGUUUCCAAAUGAUGAUGUGAAACCCUAAUCAUGGUCCUGGAGCAGAAUAAUUGACUGAAGUAGUGAAUUAGACUUCAAGACCACACCUAUGAGUAGUGGCGGACCCAGAAAUUUUACAUAAAGGUGUCCUUUUUUAAAAAAUAAAUUAAAUAAAAAAAUUAUUAAAAAAUAAAAAAUUCUUAUAUAAGAAAAUACCUGAAUUGUACGAGUUAAAAAAGUCCACGAUGUGUUUUCAUAUUUGAAAAUAAUUGUAAAGUACACUUGGUGUCACUCCUCAAAAAAAUAGUCUUUGUAUAUCUUACUAGAAUCAUUCACGAACUAAUCACAUAUUCGAUUUUUACACUUGUUCUUGAUGUAACUCAAACCUGAAAAGACUCUUUCAACACUUGUCGUACAACAUUGUUUAAAAUAAUUUGUUUAAUUGUUAGGUUUUGAAAAUAAUUAGAGAUAGUGAAUGACAUUUUACUAUUACACAGUAUUUAAAAUCGAACAAAAAAUGAGUUGUAGUCUAAAGUUAAUUAUUUUUAUUAAUAAUAAUAGUGUCAUGGGUUUGAAUUACUCAAACUAUAACUUAUAUUCCCAUACGCAAACUAAACGAUGAGAGUAGGAUAAUUAUUUUUUCAAAUUUCAGGGGUGUCCCCGACUAUCAAUUAUAAUUUUUUUUAUCCAUACGUAAUUUACCACCGGGGAAUGAAUAAUCAUUUUCGCAAAAUUUAGGGGUGUCCCCCGUGCGUCGGCCCCUGCCUAUGAGUAACUAAAUCUGAAACUUUAGAUCUAAGUGAACCCAGAAAGGUGAAUAACCAUCAGUAACCUGUCCACAUCCGCAUGACAUCAGUAAAGUCCAGAUUUACUU